AUGGACGACGAUCAAAUUCGUUUACUUAUUGAAAAUAUUGAUGAUGGAAAUACCGAGUUUGACGAAAUCGAUGGCAGUGAUGAAGAAGGAGUUGAUGAGGUAGAAUAUAUAAGUCAUAAUAGUGAUUCUGAACAAUCUUUAGACGGCGAUUAUGAAGAUAAUGGCAACUAUUUAUUUUCUAAUUGGUCGAACGGACCGCAAUUUAUAGGGAAAGAUGGUAAAACUUUUUGGAAAUAUGGUCCUCCACCAAAAAAUAAUAGAAUAAGACGACAUAAUAUAGUUAGACAUAUACCUGGAGUAAAAGGGCUUGCUAAAAAUGCAAAUAGUGUUGAAGAAUCGUGGAAUUUAUUUUUUCCAGAUUCUAUUUUGGAACAAAUUGUUACAUACACAAAUAUUUAUCUUGACCGUAUAAGACCAAAGUUUGAUCGUUCACGUGAUGCAAGACCGACUAGUCUAACAGAAAUAAAAGCGCUAAUCGGUUUAUUAUAUUUAGCAGGUGUUCAUCAGUCUUCUCAUGUGAAUAUAAAGGACUUAUGGGCUAUGGACGGUACAGGUAUUGAAUAUUUUAGAUUAUCGAUGGGUAUGAAUCGCUUUUAUUUAUUACUUCGAGCAAUUCGUUUUGAUGGUAUAACAACACGUGCAAUGAGACAAUCUGUAGACAAUCUAGCACCAAUACGAUCAUUUUUUGAAGACUUUGUUAGAAGAUGUCAAGACUAUUAUGAAUUUAAUAAUUAUGUUACAAUUGAUGAAAUGUUAGAGUCUUUCCGAGGUCGUUGUCGUUUUAGACAAUAUAUUCCUAAUAAACCCGCAAAGUAUGGCCUCAAAAUAAUUGCAUUAGUAGAUUCAAAUACAUAUUAUUCAUAUAAUUUGGAAAUAUAUGCAGGGAAGCAGCCAAACGGGCCCUAUCACUUAAAUAACAGUGCUUGUAGUGUCGUGGAAAGAUUGAUUAGGCCAAUUUCUGGUUCAGGUCGAAAUAUUACGUGCGAUAAUUGGUUCAGCAGUAUUCCUCUCGCAGAAGACCUUCUCAAUAACCAUAAGUUGACCAUGGUUGGAACAUUACGUAAGAAUAAGAGAGAAAUACCACCAAUUUUUGUUCAAAAACUCAAAGAGCGGCCGAAUGAAAGUAGUAUUUUUGGUUUCAAAAAAAACAUGACUUUAGUGUCAUAUAAACCUAAAGCUAAUAAAAUUGUUUUAGUUAUAUCAACUAUGCAUAACGAUGAUAGCAUUGAUACUGACUGUGCUAGAUCAAAGCCUGAAAUGAUCAAAUUUUAUAACUCGACCAAAGGGGGAGUCGACACUGUUGACCAAAUGAAAGGAAAGUAUUCCGUCUCAAGAAAUAGCCGGCGUUGGCCAUUGACAAUAUUUUUUUCUGUUCUAAAUAUUGCGGGCUUAAAUAGCCAAAUUAUUUAUGCUAGUAACACUAAUGCAAAAAUUGUUCGCAGAGAAUAUUUAAAAUGUCUUUCAAAAGCAUUAAUUUAUAAAUAUAUGUUGGAAAGAGUACAGAUAAAAAACAUUCCAAUGAAUAUAAAAGUUCGAAUACGUGAAAUCACAAAUGCUAUAGAGGAACCAGUACAAAAGACGUCAAAUGCUCCUGGAAGAUGUGCAUUUUGUAAUUGGAAAAAAAACCGAAAAACAUUGAAUUUGUGUAACGAGUGCCAAUCAUAUAUAUGUAAAGAACAUACAGCGCCUUCGAUUUGCCAAAACUGUUCACAACGAACGAUGGAAGAUGAUUUUUUUUUAGAAUAA